AUGAAGCUCGUCAUUUUCCUCUCAGCCUUGUUUGGCGUGGUUGCCCUGGCCAACCCAGUGCCAGAGGAACAUUCCCUCGAGGCUCGCCAAGACAGUACCAGUGAUAGUUGUUGGGGACCUUCUACGAGCAGCUGUGAUGGCGGUACCUGGGACGGAGACCCAUGCUGCCCUAGAAAGUAA